AUGCCAGAAAUGAUGAAGCAAUGGUAUGUCCAAGGCACCAAUGGCGCCGAAUCCCUGCACCUCAGGGAAGUCCCCAUCCCAGUGCCAGGCGACUAUGAAGUCCUGGUCAAGUUCCACGCCGCGUCGCUGAACUAUAGAGAUAUUAUGAUAACCACCGGAACCUACGUCUGGAGCGUCCGGGACGGCAUCGUCCCCGGGUACCUACAUCCCCCCCUCCCCACAAACCCCCUCACUCACCAACAACCCCUAACCCAUCUCCACCCCAGCUCCGACGCAGCAGGAACCAUCCACACCACCGGCCCAAAGGUAACCCGCUUCAAGCCCGGCACGCGAGUCUCACCCAUCUUCCACCUCACACACCUCUACGGCCCGUUCCACGAAACAAACUUCUCCUCCUCCCUCGGGGCCAAACACGACGGCAUCUUCCAAGAAUACGCCAUCUACAACGAACAAUCCUGCGUAGAGAUCCCCUCGCACCUCACCUUCCGUGAAGCCGCAACCCUCCCCUGCGCCGGCGUGACAGCCUGGAACGCGCUAUACGGUGGACCCCGGGCCCUGAAACCCGGCGAGACCGUGCUGACGCAGGGAACCGGCGGGGUGAGUAUAUUCGCGGCGCAGUUCGCGAAGAUAGGUGGUGCGGAGGUGAUUUCGACGACUAGUAGUGGAGAGAAAGCGGAACGGUUGAAGGGGGAGAUCGGUGCGGAUUAUGUGAUUAAUUAUGUUGAGGAUGAGGGGUGGGGGGGUACGGCGAAGGGGUUGUCGAGGAGGGGGAGAGGGGCGGAUUUUGUGGUUGAGAUUGGGGGGGCGAAGACGAUGGGGGAGUCGGUCAAGGCUGUGGCGAUUGAUGGGCAGAUUGCGGUGAUUGGACGGAGGGCGGGGAAUGGGUUUAGUGGUGAUGGGGAGGGAUCGCAUACGACGAGUGUUUCGACGAUUAGGAGGGUGUUGGUUGGGAGUAGGCAGUUGCAUGAGGAGAUGAAUUUGGCGAUUGAGGUAAAUGGGUUGAGGCCGGUGGUGGAUGAGAGGGUGUUUGGGUUGGGGGAGUUGAAGGAGGCGUUUAGGUAUUUUGAGACGGGGAGGCAUUUUGGCAAGGUGGUAGUGGAUUUUGAGUAG